AUGCCCAUCGUCUCUCCUUCCGUCGCCAAGGUUCCCAACAGUGCUGCUGCUCCCACACUCACAAUGGCAUGUGCUGCCGUGCCCCUUGAUGCAACCUCUGUGUCAGCGCUGUUGAGUUUAGGGGCGGCUCUCGGGGUCAGAGACACAAACUGGCGCAACGGCAGCAAGUGCAACAUUGAGGGGCAGACCGCCAAUUUCAAGACGUGGCCGGGUGUGUGGUGCAUUGCCAAUGGCACCGUCCUCAACAUCGAUGUGUCAUACAAUAUCUUCUUUGGUCAGCUCUCCAAGCUCGUCUCCAACUUGCUGCCGCUCACCAGCAUGGCUACUCUUCGGCUGGCAGCGAACUACCUGACGGGCACGCUGCUAGCCAUGGCCACGCAGCUGCAGCGCACCUCCGGCUGUGCCGUUUGUGGCUCCGCCACGGGCGCACCGCCUUUCUGUGCUGGCACCACCUGCACUCCCGAUGUCGCUGCUCGCCUCGCUGCUGGCACCAUCAACAACCCUGCUGCCGCCCUCCCAGCAAUGUUUUGCCAGGCCGUUCUAGUGGAUGACAACUCUGUGCUGGCGCUGUUGGCACUGAGGGCGGGGCUGGGCGUGAGUGCGAGCAGCUGGGCGGUAGACUCACCCUGCAAGCUGGCGGGCAACGCCCCCGCGGUGGAAAGCUGGACGGGCGUUGUCUGCGACCUCUCGGCCCAAGUCCUUAGCCUCAACGUGGCAUCCAACCUCUUGGAUGCGCGCAUGAGCGAGUGGGCUCUGCCUCUCACGGGUCUCAAGGCACUCAAGCAGCUGUCAGUCCUCCUGCCUGCACACCCUGCUGCUGCAACAUUGCAUGCCCACCACACCAAGCCGCUUGCACAUUUGGUUGCGUAUCACUGUUCUCGUGAUUUCUCGCGUCCCACUUUUCUCGGGUGUGACCUCUUUCUCUCCGCCUCUGCCCUCCAGGUCUCUCAACUACAACUGGUUCUCUGGCCCUCUCUCCUCGUACCUCCUUACCAUGUCCACACUCUCAGCCCUCGUCCUCCCUCCAACUUCCUCCAUCCCCGUCCUCUUCUCCCCGGCCCCUCUUCCCCUCCCCCUUUCUCCAACAAUGUGCAAUUCAACUGCCUAGCUGGUCCCAUCACCGACACUCCCUCUGCCUCCCUCAAGUCCCUCAAUGUCGCCUCCAACCUCCUCAGAGGAACCUUUCCAGCAACUUCCGCCACCGCAUGUGAUGCUCGCAGCAACUGCCUAGCGGACUCCUCCAAGUGCCUCGCCUCUGGCUCCUCCUCCCAGAGGCUCUCCUCUGACUGCACCCUGUGCGGUGCUGGGAGUUCCGGUGCGGUGAUACGCAAUAGAGGGGUGUGCACGCCUGACACUACCGGGCCAGUGGCAGCACUCGGACCUAAUAGUGCCUCAGAUGCCCUGCUGCCCAUGCAGUGCUCAGGAGUUCGCAUUGACGCCACAGCAGUAUCGGUGCUUGGGAGUCUCAAGGUGGCGCUGGGAGUGCCGUACUCUGACUGGGGAGUGAACUCCCUGUGCACGGUGGUCAUUGUUGUUUCCGGAGUCAGCAGCUCCUCCCCUGGCCCGAGGGACUUGGGAGGCGUGCUGUGCAGCCGGCCGGGGCUGUGGGUCUUCUACUCAAGCUUAUUGGCUGGUCGCCUGGAUGCCUUCACAGCACCCUUCACUGCUCUCUCCAAGCUCGAGAACAUGUACGUCUCUCUCUCUCAACCACUCCUCUCUCUGUUUCCAUGCUCCCUCCAAAUGACCUUCCAUUUUGAUGGGUACAAGAGAAACGUAAAGGGGUGA